GGCGCUAGAUGGCGCAGUGCAGCUGCAGUGAUCUCAGCGGAGGCGCAGAAGAAGAGAGAGCUGAGCGACCAAUGGAGCAUCGCUGGGGAGCAGCAGUCUUCUCCUGAGCUCCUCUUCCAUGGCUUAAACCAGCACUUUUCUCCAGGACUGUCACAUACGGAUUAUGCAGAGAUGAAGCGGGUGCGGACGGAGCAGAUCCAGUACGCGGUGACCCAGUACCUGAAGAGGAGACAGUACAUAGACACAGAUGGGUCUCUGAAGGGGGCCAAACUCUCCCAGUCCGCUGAGGAAAUGGCAGCCAGUCUGACAGUUCAGACGGAGUCCAGCUGUGCGAAUGUGGUGUCCGCAGCCCCGUGUCAGUCUGACCCGCAGCAGUACGAGUCCCAGUUCUCCAGACUGCGCUCCUUCCUGCAGGAUGCAGAAGCACCGUUAGUGAAGGAGGUGAGCGGCGUCUUGUUUCCGCUCUUCCUCUACCUGCACCUGGACAUGGCGCGGUGUGGCCUGAAGGGGGCGGUAGACUCCUUCUACAGUCGCUUCCACUCGUUCUUCCAGCAGGACCCUGAGCAGAAAGCAAUCGUAGACCUGCUACGAGGAGCCGUCACACCUCAGGAUGUGACCUCAAACCCUAAACUCUGCUCGCUCCUGGAUCACAAGUAUGUGGUGCACCUGACGGAUCAAGCAUACAGCUACCUGCUGCGUUACCUGCAGAGUGACGACAACAGCGCCAUCUGCUGGGCGCUCAGCACACAUGUGCAGGUGGAGGUGACAGCAGCGUGCCGAACCGACUACCAGCUGUACGGCACAGGGGUAGGAGUGGGAAACACUACCUCCACUUCCUCCUCCGCUGCAUGGGCUGCGGUGGAUGGGGCGGAGGGGGCAGAGCGUGUGGAGGUCACGGCCGGCUUACCUCAGAGCGAGGCGGCGCUGGAGGCGUUGCAGGACUGCAUAAAGCGCGUGCGGGAAGGUCCGCCUUCGCUCACCACCGUCUGCUUCUACGCCUUCCAGCACACGGAUCAGCUGCUGAACACGGCCGAGGUGUCUGCGGACAGCCGUCUGCUGGCGGCCGGCUUCGAUAACUCUGCCGUCAAGCUGUGGAGUCUGCGGGCCAGGAAGCUGAAGGCAGGACCUCACAGGACAGACGUGUCUAAAAUAAGACUGGCCUGUGACGUGCUGGAGGAGGAGGCAGAUGACGAGGACGCCUCGGGCAGUGAGAUAAAGACCCUGCGUGCUCACAGCGGCCCCGUGUACCGCACUGCGUUCCUGACGGAUGGCUCCGGCCUGCUGUCCUGUUCGGAGGACUCCACCGUGCGCUUCUGGGAUCUGAACAGCUUCACGAACACCGUCCUGUACCGCGGCCACGCCUACCCCGUCUGGGACGUGGACGUCAGUCCCUGCAGCCUCUACUUCUCCACGGCGUCCCACGACCGCACCGCACGCCUCUGGAGCUUCGCGCGCACCUAUCCGCUCCGUCUGUAUGCCGGACACCUCUCUGACGUCGACUGCGUCAAAUUUCACCCCAACUCCAACUACGUGGCGACCGGCUCCACGGAUAAAACAGUGCGGCUGUGGAGCACGCAGCAGGGGGCGUCUGUGAGGCUGUUCACCGGGCACCGCGGGCCCGUGCUGUCGCUCGCCUUCUCGCCCAACGGCAAGUACCUGGCCUCGGCCGGAGAGGACCAGAGACUAAAGCUGUGGGACCUGGCGUCCGGCAGCCUGUUCAAAGACCUGCGGGGUCACAGCGACAGCAUCACCAGCCUCUCCUUCAGUCAGGACAGCAGUCUGGUGGCCUCCGCCUCCAUGGACAACUCAGUGCGGGUGUGGGACAUACGCAGCGCCCACGGCAGCGCCCCCAGCGACGGCUCCAGCAGCGAGCUGAUUGGACAGUACACGGGCAGCACUAGCAACAUCCUCAAUGUGCAGUUCAUGGCCUGUAACCUGCUGCUGGUGACUGGCACGGCGCUGGAGAAACAGGAGCAGUGAGAGUGUGUGUGUGUGGGGGUCAAUCUUAACAAAACACACCCGGGUCAUAUUUCACCCCAAAAUCUGAUUAAAUAAAUCGAGUUGAUUCAGAAUAAUUGGUCAUCCCCACCCCCCCCCCCCACCCCCAGUAAUCUCAAUUGCAAAAUGCUUUCCAGUUUAACUGAAUUCAUCCUAUUAGUAAAAUGAAGCCAUUUAGCACCAUUAUUUUUUGGCAUGGUGGUGACAUUCACAAACCUGUACCUAAGUUCUUAUUACUGUAAUGCAAAAAAAAAAAAAUUAUAUGCUAUUUGAAUGGUAAAGUAUUUAUCAGGGUGGUAUUUGUUGUAUUGCCCUUAAUUUAUGUUGAUUCAACUAAAUAAUUUGGGACAUAAGUUUCACAAUUUCUUUUCUUUAAUAGACGUUUUGCAAUCAAUAUGAUUUGACUGUAAUGUGAGUGGUGAAAUACUGUGAAUUAAUUCUGCAUAAAUGAAAAAGUAGUUCAACAAAUAUUACUUAUAAAUUCAUAAUUUACAGCAUUUUUAUCUUAUUAAAGGAAAGACAGCAAAUACUACCUUGAUUUUCAUCAUCAACAUUACUAUUAUUAUUAUUAUUGGCAUUACAAUAAGAAUUUUGGUGACAACUGUCAUAAAAAAUAAUGUCAUCUUAAUGGGCUUUAUUUUCUUUGACCAAAAUAUAUUUUGUGAAAUGUGGUCGGGACAUGUUCUUGUCGGGUUUUCGUGAGAUUCACCCGUUGUGUUUUGUAAAGUGAGUGUUGAUGUUUUGGUUCAUUUUUGUUAUGUGUGUUGAUGCCUCUAAAGAACAUUAGAGGUGUAGCCUGCUGUUUUCAUAAAAAUGUAAAUAUUAGACAUAUUUUUCUGAAAAAAAGUUAGGUCAUUAUUUCCAUGUCUGUAUUUUUCAGUUCGGCUAAUUUCUGUUGUAACGUUGCUGUUGUUUGUUGAUGGCCCAUGUUUAUAAAGGUAAGCACAUCCAGCACUGUUCUCCUGGACGUUCACCAGGAAGCCAGAUAAACCGGAUUCAUCCUACUUUAGGCAGAAAACAGUCCUGAUAAAGCUGUCGUCAUUCCCCCAGUCACUAGGGAUUGAGUUUAGCUUUACUGCAACAAAAAAACUUCCCCAGGAAAGCUAAAAAAACAAACAAAUGAUUCAUAUAAAUGCCACAGUUUGUCUCUUGUAGCCUGUUGAACUCAUGGUUGGACUGAAUGAUGAGUUUCCUUGAAUCUGAUUUUGCAACCCUGCACUUAGUUUUGUUUGAAGCAAGUCAAGUUUCUCCGUUUGAAGUUUCCUUGUUGUGUUCCUCAACCACACAAUCAUGGCAUGUUUGUCUUUAACAGUGAACGACUUUUGUAUUGUUUGGUUCCUUCAAAGAAAUGUUUUUGCAUCGUUCUGAUACUUGUAAAUAUAUUUUUGUAACAUUU